AUGGGCGAAGGAACGGCGGGACAUGCCGGAGACUUCCGUGUGGUUCAUCUAAACGAUGCACACCGCAAUACCGAGGCCGGCUACUGCAACAACUUCAUCAUCACGUCCAAAUACACGAUAGCGAGUUUCCUGCCCAAGUUCCUUUUUGAAAGCUUUCGUAAACUUUCCAACCUCUACUUCUUGAUCAUCUGCAUCCUGCAGUGCAUUCCGGAUAUCAGUAACACGAACGGAAGUCCUUCGACUUUACCCCCGCUUGUUUUCAUUAUCACGGUUGACGGCGUUUUCGCCAUACUCGAAGACCAUAAACGCCACCAGGCCGACAAUAUUGCCAAUGCAAGUCCGACCCUCGUGCUUGACCGUGAAGCGAGGAAAUUUAAGCAAGUCACGUGGGCCGACGUUGUGGUAGGCGACAUUUUAAAAGUUACAAACCGUGGACUGGUACCAGCAGACAUGCUUGUGUUGGCUGUAAGUGAAGUUCCGAACCAGCCGCCGUGCGGGAUUUGCUAUGUUGAAACCAAGUCUUUGGAUGGAGAAACGAAUAUGAAAGUCCGAUCUGCCAUGGAAUGCACACUUGCAGACAUGGGUUCAGAUGAAAAUUUGCUAAGAAUGAAAGGUGUCAUUCGGUGCGAACGCCCCAACAAUGCCAUCAACAGUUUUCAAGGUGUGCUCGAACUGGAGGGAAGAGAAAAGGCUUCCAUUCCGUAUGAAAGUAUUAUCCUACGUGGAUGUAUCAUCCGCAACACCGAAUGGGUGCACGGUGUGGUGUUUAAUACUGGCAAGGACACGAAGAUCAUGAUGAGUAACUCAGCUCCACCAUCAAAAAUGAGCUCAAUGGACCGGUCUAUCAACCAGUAUACAGUCGUGUUGUUGGCAAUUUUGGUCGUCUUCAGCGCUGUUGGUGCUACAGGAGCCGUGGCAUGGAAGACAAACCAUGACUCGUUGUGGUACCUAAAGCAAACAGUAUCCGACAACAGCGCCAUUGUAGACUGGAUCAUCAUGUGGUUCUACUAUUUGCUACUCAUGUACCAGUUCGUUCCUAUUUCGCUAGCUGUAUCCAUGAGUAUGGUAAAGUAUAUCCAAGCGCAGUUUAUCCAAUGGGACAUCAAUAUUUACCACCCGGACACGGACACGCCAACACUGGUUCGCUCCAUGUCUUUAAACGAGGAGCUUGGGCAGAUUUCAUACAUUUUUUCGGAUAAAACUGGUACUCUCACCUGCAACGUUAUGGAGUUUCGAAAAUGUUCUAUUGGCGGUGUUUCAUACGGCAACGGAACAACGGAAAUUGGCUUAGCAGCUCUUCGACGUGCUGGUAAACCUCUUCCAGACAUGACUUUUCAAUCCAAGGGGCCUAAAGUCCCUUAUGUGAACUUCGACGGUCCAGAGUUGCUUAACGACAUGAAAGGGAACUCGGGGUCUGUUCAACAAGGUCGCAUCGAUGCGUUUUUCACUCACCUCGCGGUGUGCCACACCGUCAUCCCGGAACGCCAUGAGAAUUCAUCCGAAAUCACACUUUCGGCUUCCUCCCCUGAUGAGCAGGCAUUGGUGGCAGGUGCAGGUUACUUUGGAUAUGAGUUUGUGAAUCGAUCUCCUGGAGUUGCCCACGUCAAAGUUCGAGGAACAGUUCAAAAAUACGAAAUGCUGGAUGUACUCGAAUUCAACAGUACUCGAAAGCGAAUGAGCACAAUAAUUCGCCACCCGAACGGCAGGAUCUUCUUGUACUCGAAAGGCGCAGAUGUGAUUAUUUAUGGACUGCUCGAGAAAGACAGCGAGGAAGAAUCGACUUCUUCGCAGCUCCAGGAGAUCACCCGGCGUCACAUCGACCAGUACGCUGAAGAUGGGCUUCGCACUCUCACGAUUGCAGUUCGUGAGAUCGAUUCUUCGUAUUAUUCGGAAUGGGCAACACGUUUUCACGACGCUCAAAACAACUUGAAUGAAAUCGACAAGCGCAAAAAGGACCUUCCAAACGAGAUUGACGCGUGUAUGAACGAGAUCGAGUGCGACUUGGAGCUACUUGGGGCAACUGCAAUCGAAGACAAACUGCAAUCUGGUGUCCCUGACGCGAUUGCCAAUUUGGCCUGCGCGGGGAUCAAGAUCUGGGUGCUUACUGGCGACAAGGAGGAGACUGCCAUCAACAUUGGCUUCGCUUGUCAACUGGUUACGAACGAAAUGAAGCUUUUCGUUAUCAACUCCAAGAAUGCACCGACCUCUGAGAUUCUCGAAAGUACUCUGAGAGAUGAAAUCGGAGUCCGCAAUGGAGAUGUCACGGUCUACCUGGCUUCACCACCGAGCACCAGAGGUGAACUACGGGAUUUGGCUCUUGUUAUUGACGGCGAAACACUCAUUUUCGCUCUCCAUGGAUCAUGUCGCUCCCUUCUAGCUGAGUUCUCUCAGUACUGCAAAGCUGUUAUCGCAUGUCGAGUGUCACCCGCUCAGAAAGCUGAAAUGGUUGCCCUGAUCAAGGAAUAUGUGCCUGGUGUUCGAACUCUUGCUAUCGGGGAUGGAGCUAACGACGUGUCCAUGAUCCAAGAAGCUCAUAUUGGUGUGGGUAUAUCAGGACAGGAAGGUAUGCAAGCGGUGAACUCGAGUGACUACGCGAUUGCGCAAUUUCGCUACUUGCAGCGUCUGCUGCUCGUACACGGUCGCUGGAACUACCGACGCAUGGCUCAGCUGGUGUUGUACAUUUUUUAUAAGAACAUUCUCUUCACCGCAGCUCAGUACUGGUAUACGCUCUUGUGUGGAUUUUCCGGGCAGAAAUUCUUCUUGGAGAGCGGCACCCAACUGUACAAUAUUUGUCUUACUUCGAUCCCGAUCGUCGCAGCUUCCAUCUUGGAUCAAGAUGUCAGCGAUGAGGUAGCCAUGACGUUUCCUAAGCUCUACUUCACGGGACCUCGCGAUGAAGACAUCAACACUCGCGUUUUCUCGCUGUGGGUUGUGGGUGCGAUUGUGGAAAGUGUCAUCAUCACGUUUAUCACGCUUCACAGCUUGCAAAGCGCCGGGUAUGGCGGAGCGAGUCCGACGAUGUGGCUGGAAGGCUUCCUGGUCUUCACCCUAGUCGUGUCUAUCGCCAAUUCCAAGCUGUUCAUGUUCCAGAAUAGUUUCCAUUGCUUCAACUACGUCCUCUACCUUGGAUCGGUGUUGAUGUGGCUACUGGUCGCCUUGGUGUGUAGUCACAUUUACUUCCUCUCGGAUCUCACGUGGGAGUUUAUGUUGGAGCAAGCGUUCGUGCUUCCAUCCUUCUGGCUAAUUUAUCUGUUCGUUCCGGUGGCUGCGCUCUCGUACGCACAUCUUCUCAACGGUAUCAAGUCGACGUUCUUCCCAGAGUACUGGCACCUCGCAAAGGAGGUCAUCAAGUUCAAUCUUGAUCGCAAACUUCUGCAGUGGAAUGACAAUAGCGACGCGUCCGUGGCAGUUCCCGCUCGACUACCUCAUGGGAAAAGAUCCGGCAAGAAAGCUGGUUCCAUUAUUCCAACCAACGUCCGAACCCAGCAGCACAGGACAACGCUACAGAAGGCAUAUCAUGGGUUUGCCUUCUCCAAAGAUGGGUACGCCGGGGCCACAGAGACUCGGUUACUCAUGAGUCGACGCUCCAUCACAAGUGCAAUAGAGUGA